UUUCUUUCUCCACCACACAAAAACUCUUUCCACUUCCACGAACCAACCAACCAAAACAAAAUUCUAAUCAAGCACUGUCUCCUUUACAAUAAAAAAGAACCAACCUAAGGGUUCUUCUUCUAAUUCUUCUUCAGCUAUACCUACCCACAACCCUUCAUCAUCUUCUACGUCUAAAACCUAACCAUGCUUUUAAAAAGCUCUUCUACACCAGUUCUUGGAUCCCUCAUCCCAUCUUUCUCAGAUAGCCCUAACAACAACAAUGCUCAUUGUUUUGAUACCAAUAGUGUCCCUAAACAUUAUUCUAUUCACCAUCAAAGCUUUAACAACAAGUCUCCAUUUCAUCAAACAGGUUGUUUCCAUAUCAGCAAUAAUGUUUCCUGCAACUCCUCUCCUAUGUCUCCUUUCAUAUCUGAAGUCAGCCUUCGUCGUGUUCAGUCAGAAGGGAACCUUGAAGGGCUGGCUUAUGCUUCUUAUAGCAGUAAUAAUGAAGAGUAUUACAAAUAUUUAAGCCAAUCCAAGAAAGUUCCAGCAAGACAGAAGUGUUUGAUGUUGGAAACUAUACCUUCUUUUUCGAUCAGCAAUUCGCGAGGUAGGUAUGAAGAAGAGGAUGAUGAUGAUGAUGAUUGGAAUAACAAUGAGAAAGAGGAAGAGGAAGAGGAAGAGAAAGAGAAAGAUGGCUGCUUUGGAUUAAGUAAUAAAAUGGAGAAGAUGGUUUUGAGUGAGAAAAUAGGAGUUACUGACAGAAGUCUUAAUUUGGGUUAUCUCGAAGAGGAAAAAGGAGGGUUAGUUAGUGAAGAGAUGUAUCUUGCAAGAGGGCUUGGGAUUGAGGGUGGUAGUAAUGAUGGAAAUGGCGGUGGCAGUGGCGAUGGCGGUGGCGGUGGAAGUGCUAAUGGUGGUGAGUUUCAUUGGGCAGCUGGAGAAGGUGGAGACAAAAAUGGCAGAGAGUAUUAUAAGAAGAUGCUGCAAGAAAAUCCUGGCAAUCCCCUGAUUUUAGGGAAUUAUGCCCAUUUUCUAUAUCAGUCAGAGAAAGACCUUAAAGGAGCAGAAGAGUAUUAUUUACGAGCUAUAUUAGCAGAUCCUAAAGAUGGUGAAAUUCUGUCACAGUAUGCAAAAUUGGUAUGGGAACUACAUAAUGAUCAAGAUAUAGCUUCAGCCUACUUUGAAAGGGCAGUUCAAGCUUCUCCUGAAGAUAGAUUUUGUUUUGCAGCCAUGUACAUGCAGCAUAUGCUAGUUUCCUUUGGGAAACAGAGGAAGAUGAGGAUGAUUAUGGUGUGCCAACGGAUUUUGAACCCAUAACCCCACAUUUCCGAGGAGCAGUGGCUUCUACAGGAGCUUAAUGGCAAGAACCAGAGCUACUAAGCUAGCUCAUAACAUUGUUUAGAUGGAUAAAAUAGGAAUCUGUUUUGUUUUGAAUGUACGGAAAAUAAAUUGUUAACCGUCUACAAGUGUAUGAUAAGCAUCUCUGUUGAUUUUUUUCACCCUGAUGAAUCAUUUUUUGCUAUGAGGAUCCUUAGCUUGGGAAAAGCAUUGAAAUAUACAGGGAGCUCAAUUCCUAGGCA